AUGUCUCUGCUCCGGAUAACAACUUCUCCACAGACUUUUGCAUGCGGUCCUACGGGAAUCACAAUAGCACGGUUGGCACACUCCACGGCUGUAUCAAGUAGUGUCAAGCAGAAUCCUUCAAAGCCAGCAGAGCCGGAUAAGAGCAACAAACCCCCGGAGACGCCGAAGGAGUCUCACAAGAGCAUGGCACAAGCCGAUGAGGAAAUGCGUAACAUAAUGGAGGGCCUAUCUGGAGAUGGGGGUGCUUCUGGUGCGGAACUGGAAGAUGGAAAGCCAGUUGCAAUGAAGCGGAGUGUCAGAGAGAACAUGUUCAGAUAUAUCUGA